AUGGAACUACAAAUAUUUUCAUGGAAUGUCCGGGGUCUCAAUGACUCGGUCAGAAGGAAAGUGGUGAAGUCGGUCAUUCGUAAAGGGGGAGGUCAUGUGGUGUGUUUGCAAGAAACUAAGCUCGCUUCGACAUCAGAUGGGAUGGUGCAUCAUAUUUGGGGUGGGAGAUUUGUGGAGUGGAUUGUUUUGGAUGUUGAUGGUGUUCCUUGGGUUUUUUCUGGUGUUUACGGGCCUACGGAGGAUAGUGUGCGUCAUCUACUUUGGGAGGAAUUGGGGGAGGUACGAAGGCAAUGGAUGCUUCCUUGGUGUGUUGGAGGUGAUUUCAAUGUGGUUCGAUCUCCUUUUAAGAGGUCAACGAGAGGUAGGUGGACUUCUGAUAUGGAGCUUUUCUCAAAAUUCAUUGAUGAGUUCAGAUUGAUUGAUCUGCCUCUGGAGGGUGGGCCUUUUACUUGGUCUAGUGGUUGCUCUCCCCCUACUCUAUCUCGGCUUGACAGGUUCCUUGUGUCUAAGGAGUGGGAGGAGAUGUUUUCUGAUGUUGUGUUGCGGAGUAGACGCUCUUCUUUUAGAUUUGGAGAUAUGUGGCUUCGGGCUAAGGGUUUUCUAGAUAGGAUCCGAUUUUGGUGGGAGGUGUCCGGGGUGGUUGGCACUCCAAGUCAUUCGCUUACAGGUCAUUUGCGUCGUUUGAAGGGAAGUAUCAAGAUUUGGAACAAAUAA